AUGUCUCGUGUCGAGGAGCUUCCCGAUGAUUUCGAUGAGUCACUCAAGCUCAAUGAGGUGCCCCAGCAGGCCCCUCAGGAUCUGCCACAGCCGGGGCUUGACCCUCUGAUCGCGGCGAAUCAAGCGCCUUUUCCGAUCAAUGAGGAGAAAUUGAAGGAGCUCAUUAAUGACCCCAAUGCACCGAAUAUGCCACCAGGCCUGGCCUCGGUCAAGUCGCAUUCUCUUGAAGAGCUGAAGGAAAUGAUGAACAAAACGCCUCUUUUCAUGACGGACAUCGAUAAUGCUGGCGAUGAAAAUGGCAAUAAUGAACUUCUUGAUGCACUGCAGGCGCUCCAAAACGAGGGUACCCGAGGUGAAGUUGCGCAAAACUACAAAGAGCAAGGCAAUGAGGCGGUCCAGGAAAAGCGAUGGAUCGAUGCCAAGGAGAUGUACACCAAGAGUAUUGCUGUGAUAUAUGCAAAGGAAGACAAGUGGGAGAAGUCGGAGGAUCCGGAAGCGGAGAAAAAAACCUUGCGACAGAUGGAGGAACUAUCCCACAUCAAUCGGGCAUUAUGCAAUCUUGAGCUUGGCAACUACCGCUCUUGCACCCUUGACUGCGCAGCGGUCAUCAAAGUGAACCCGAAGAAUGUCAAGGCUUACUACCGUUCGGCAACGGCUUUGCUCAAGCUUGACAAAGUACCGGAGGCCGAGGACGCAGCCUCGCGGGGCUUGGCGAUCGAUCCAACGAACAAAGCCCUCCAGACCAUAGCUGCCAAGGUUGCUGAUCGCAAGGCCCAGAUCGAGCGGAUUGCUGCGAAGCGCAAGGCUGAAGAGGAGCUUACGCGUAAGCAGAACCUCGUUCUCAGCACAGCUCUGCGGGCUCGCCAAAUCCGGACCCGGAAAACCGACCAGCCCCCGGACAUGGAAGACACCAGAAUUCGAUUGGUUCCCGAUCCGCUUUCGCCGGAGAGCUCGAUUGAGUUCCCUGCUGUCUUCCUGUACCCCAUGGAUGCCCAGUCCGACUUUAUCAAAUCAUUUUCUGAGAUGCAUUCCAUCGUGGAUCACUUGGAUUAUAUCUUCCCGCUCCCCUGGGAUACAAAGAAGGAGUACACGAUCAACAACGUCGAGUGCUUCAGCAGACAGUCUCUGGUUUGA